AUGCGUCAGAUCAUUCCAGCCGUCGUGUUUGCAGGGUCAGUUGCGCAACUCGCUGCUGGCCAAUCUGUCACAGACUACUUCAAGUGCGCUGAGGGAAUCAUCGAUGGCGUCAAGGUGCCGGAGUGUGAAUCCGGGACGACGAUUGACUGCUUCUGCAAGGACACGGAAUCGAUCAAUAGUCUGGAUGCCAGUGUUGUUAAGGAUUGCACUGAUGCCAAUAUCACAACCAAAGAUGUGCUCAAGUAUCUCUGCGAGGGGACUCCAGAGGGGGUUUCGGCCAGGAAGGGAAGCCUGCCCAUGAUGCAUGCCGAGAGGUCGGUUAGACAGUCCAGACAGAGGAAUGCGAGAGCGUACGCUCCACCGCCCAAGUCUGCGCACUCCAGUUCCACAACUACAGAGCAGACCAGCACCUCGGUGGUGGAGGAGAUCCAACCCACAUCGGCCGCUUCCAACGCGCCGGGUGUGGGAGUUCCUGGAUCAUUGUCCUCUGAUUACCAUGCCCCGGUGCAGGUUGUCAGCCAGUCUUCCUCUACUUUGAGAGAGGAUGUGUUCACUUCCACAUCGACCUCGUACCACACCCGCGUGGUGGAAGAGCCUUCCCCGGCUGCAACAGAGGAGACGGUCACUACUACCAUGACUUCGUAUCACAAGGUCUUGGUGUACGUGGAGCCUACCCCUGCGAGUGUGCAAAGCUCCUCUUCAGCUGCCAAGCAGCCACCCAGUGCCCCAGCCGUACACUCAGUUCAAGUUGUCCAGUCUGCGGUGCCAACCCCCAAGGUUGCCACAAUCUCUACCCCUGCGACGCCAUCGUCCAGUGCGCAGGUAGCUCACGGUAUUGAGAGUACAGGCGUUGUCCAAAGCGUCAACACGAUUUACGUGACUGUCACAGAAACGGAAACGGCUUGCACAUGUGCAGCUGAUGUUCCUACCGGCCUGGUUGGAGAUUCCACCCCGGUCCCCUCCGCGACCAGCCAUGCUCCCGUUGUUGUCCAAUUUUCCCCGAGCGUGCACCUUGGCCUGUCUUCCUCCGGUCUACUCAACAACCUCCUGCAGGCGGCAUCCACCCCCACGGUUGUGUACGAGGAGCAUGCUGCAACGUCUGUCCCGGGCGGGUCUGGAGGUCACGGCUCAUCAAGUGUUUUCGCUGGCUCUCAGAGCGUUGCUACCUCAACCGUUGUGGUUGAGCAUCUGGUCCACAAAUCCUCUGCCCCGGUCGAAUCUGGUUUGCCCUCCUUCAACCGUGCUGUGACAUCUACCCCUGUGGCCGCACACCAGUUCGCGACCCAGGAGGUCGUCGUUCAGCCCAGCCCUUCCACCGUCUCAGCUCCCGCUUCCAACCUGCAUGGCCUGGCCUCAUCUACCAGUGAGCAGGGUGUACACUCGGCUCCCACCACGGGAGCUGACCCCGUGCGAGCUUCUGCCCCGGCACCUAUCUACUCUCAGUCAAUCGCCACGGUCGUCGGUACGGAGACUUUGAGAGCACCAGGGCCUUCUGGUCUUGGGAACGCUCAGGGUCUAUCUUCUGUCCAUCACGGAGCCCCCCUGACUGCCGUCGAUGCUGUUCGUCCGUCGGCGUCCGCCCCGGCACCCGUCCACAGCGCCAAGGCUACUGCCCUGGUUGGUGUUGAUCCUGUCCGUAUCACGCGUCCUGCCCCCCGCGGUCUUCAAGAUGCUGGAGCCUAUUCGCCUGAUGUUGUCGAAGAGAACGCACCCGUUUCCUCCGCCGCUGUCUCUGCCUCGGCUGAGGCCGCCCCGUCUUCCGUGAACCACCUGCUGCAUGCUACUCCUUCCGUGGAAGUUGAUAAUACCACUCCGUCCUCGUCAGCCGCCUCGACUAGCGGAAUUGAGACUUCUUCUUCUGCUGCUUCUUCAUCAGUUGCCUCUCCUUCGGCGUCUUCCCAUCUCCUACAUGGAUCGGCGAUCAUCCUGCACGCCUCGUCUUCCUCUGCGGCCAACGGACUCCUCCACCCGGCCACCUCGACGCACACCGCUAACGCUCACCUCCACGGUUCUGGCGAUGGCGUGGAUGGCAAGGAUAAGAGCAAGGGGGGUGAUGACGACGAUUCCAAGGACGACGGCUCCACUACCAGCGACGACAACGACAACGGGACCGGCGACGACCUCGACGAUUCGUCUUCGUCUGCAAGCCCGGCUCCCGACUCUACUCGGCUCGUUAAUGGAGCCGUCGAGGGCGCUGAAGCUCCAUCUAGCGCCGUCGCUGCCUACAGCACUCCGUCUUCUUCGUCGCAUGGCAAGGCCAACCCCUUCACCGCGUUCGAGGGUCGUGCCGUCCACCAGCAGCUUCCGCAAGGUCUAGUCGUCCUCGCCAUCGCAGCCUUGAUGGCCGUCAUGGCUGUCUUCUGA